AUGUUAACUAAAUCAUCAUACCAAAACAACCUCCCUUUCGAAUUAACCGCCGAAAACUAUCGACAAAAGUUAAUUGAUAACAAACAAAAACACUCGCAGCAAAAAAGUAUGAAUACAACAAAAUUAGUUGGACAAACCAUACGUCCUACUUUAGAAACAAGCAGAAAUAUGCACCAAAAUCGUAGGAAUACUAGUAAUAUUAAUAAUAACGGUAGUACUGGUAAUCUUAGGGACAGUGAAAGCCUAGAGAGAAUUAAGCAUCUUGGUUUGUUAGCCAAGACUUUGGAUGUAAAACUGAAGGUUAAUAAUACUGACACUGCUUCAGCUAAUGCAAGCUACGAAAAGUCCAUGAAUCAACAGACAUUUUUAAGAUCAAGUAUCAAUGGCUCAAAAAUAAAUCAACCUUCAAAAGGUCAGUCAAAGUGUCUGGCUAGAACGUGUUCAGAAAUUUCAUAUGAUCCAGAAAUGAGCAAAUCUCCGGUUCAGUAUGAUAAUAGACCUAAAAGGUUUAUUGGAAAAGAUUCAACAAUGAAUACAAAUAGAUCAGUUUCACAAUCGGUUCAACAAAAUUGUCAACAAGCAAGUUUAAAAUCCUCAAAUCUUCAUUCUACAGAAAAAUUAAUCAUUCGAAGAAAUGAUGAUAUCAGAGAGAAACAAAAUAUUCAAUCUGUUAAUUACAGUUAUUCACCACUAAAAAUAGCAACUAACUUAUUACCAUCAGUGUCAUCAACGAAUUUAACUGAUGAAAAUUUUAUUCAACCAAAUAAUAUUUGUUGCAAAUCAAUUUAUUGUCGACAAUCAAUAGAAAAAUCACAUCGUCGGCGUUUGAAUUCAAUUCAUAUCAUACCUUCAGAAUUACAUCAUAGUCAGCAAAAAAAUGAACCAUUUACUGUUUCUACCUUUGAUAAUAAUAAUAAUAACGGUGGUUCUUCAUGUGUUUCUAAAAUUAAUUUACGAACAUUAAGAUCUCAAUCAGCAGACAGAGUAAUAAAACCACGGACAAGUUGUAAAAAUACAGUGCUUCAACCAUGUUAUCCGCUUCAGUCAGCUUUACCCAAUAAUUCAUUAUCUCGUUCAAAAUCAAAACGAACCUUGGGCCUCACAAUAAGUGAUUCUCAGAAAGCAUGCAAAAUUAAUUCACUUACACCAGUAAGAAGGCUUUAA